GACGGCCAAUCAGAGCGCGGAGCGGAAGCGCGGUAAGAUGGCGGCGCUCUGAGGUGAGGGGCAGCGCUCACCUCCCGGUUCCCCCCCAGGCCCCUCCGGUGCCUGCUCCGACGAUGCCGCUCCGCGCUCUGCUGAGGGCCGCGGCCUCACUGCGAGGCUCCGCCCUGCAGCCCUCCGCCGCUAUGGCCACGCUGAACCAGAUGCACCGGCAAGGCCGGCCCAGGCCUCCCCCUCCGAAGGUGGGCGCCACGUUCGGGAGGCCGCAGAUCAAGGGGGUGGUGAUCAAGAACCUGAUCCGCAAGCCCAAGAAACCCAACUCGGCCAACCGCAAGUGCGUCCGGGUGCGGCUGAGCAACGGCAAGGAGGUGGUUUGCUUCGUGCCCGGCGAGGGACACAACCUGCAGGAGCACCACGUCGUGCUGGUGCAGGGCGGCCGCACGCAGGACCUGCCCGGCGUCAAGCUCACCGUGGUGCGGGGCAAGUACGACUGUGCCCAUGUGCAGAAGAAGAAGUGAGGAGGGGAUGGGGAUGGGGACGGACACGGACCCUGCGCAGGGGAGAGACUCCAUUAAAGCUGUUGUGUGGA